UGCUGAUGGUUGUCACCUUUGGUAAUGAUGGCAAAGACUGACAUCCCAUUUUAUUUAGGGCUAUGUUUCACACUAUGUGCUGACUGUCUGUACUUACAGAAGAUAUUUAAAAACAAACAGACUUUUUUUUCAAAGAUUUUGAUUCCAGUGGAAUCUGUGCUUUAGAUUUUUGUCUUGUCAAUUAACUCCUGAAGCAAUGCCUGUACAAGCUCCACAAUGGACGGAUUUUCUCUCCUGCCCGAUUUGCACACAGACUUUCGAUGAAACAAUCCGGAAGCCCAUCAGCUUGGGUUGUGGCCACACUGUCUGCAAGAUGUGCCUCAACAAGCUCCACCGUAAGGCAUGCCCUUUUGACCAGACCACUAUCAAUACAGACAUUGAACUCCUUCCUGUGAACUCAGCCUUGCUGCAACUAGUGGGUGCUCAGGUUCCUGAGCAGCAGCCAAUUACUUUAUGUAGUGGAGCUGAAGAUACCAAGCAUUAUGAGGAGGGCAAGAAAUGUGUGGAAGAAUUAGCAUUGUACCUCAAACCACUCAGCAGUGCAAGAGGUAGUGUGGGUCUUAACAGUACUACUCAGAGCGUGCUAAGUCGUCCCAUGCAAAGGAAACUUGUGACACUAGUUCAUUGCCAGCUAGUGGAGGAAGAAGGGCGGAUCAGAGCCAUGCGUGCAGCGCGGUCACUUGGUGAAAGAACAGUCACAGAGCUCAUUCUUCAACAUCAAAAUCCUCAGCAGCUCUCUUCCAAUCUUUGGGCUGCAGUGAGAGCCAGAGGGUGCCAGUUUCUUGGACCAGCAAUGCAAGAGGAGGCUUUAAAGCUGGUUCUACUGGCUCUGGAAGAUGGAUCUGCUUUGUCACGAAAGGUCUUGGUUCUCUUUGUGGUUCAGAGGCUGGAGCCGCGAUUUCCUCAGGCUUCUAAAACUAGCAUUGGGCACGUUGUCCAGCUUCUUUACAGAGCCUCGUGUUUCAAGGUGACAAAGCGAGAUGAGGAUUCCUCCCUGAUGCAACUGAAGGAAGAAUUUCGGACUUACGAAGCUCUGAGAAGGGAACAUGAUUCACAGAUAGUUCAAAUCGCUAUGGAAGCAGGUUUACGCAUUGCACCAGAUCAGUGGUCCUCACUGUUAUACGGAGACCAGUCUCACAAAUCCCACAUGCAGUCUAUCAUUGACAAGUUGCAGACCCCAGCCUCAUUUGCACAGAGUGUUCAGGAAUUAACUAUUGCUCUUCAGAGGACUGGAGAUCCAGCUAACCUGAAUCGUCUUCGACCUCACCUAGAGCUCCUGGCAAAUAUUGAUCCCAGUCCGGAUGCUCCACCUCCAACAUGGGAACAACUGGAAAAUGGACUAGUUGCUGUGAGGACUGUGGUUCAUGGCUUAGUUGAUUAUAUCCAGAAUCACAGCAAGAAAGGAACAGAUCAGCAACAGCCUCCUCAGCACAGCAAGUACAAGACAUACAUGUGCCGAGACAUGAAACAGAGAGGAGGAUGCCCUCGAGGGGCCAGCUGCACCUUUGCACAUUCUCAGGAGGAGCUAGAAAAAUUCCGUAAAAUGAACAAGCGUCUGGUUCCCCGAAGACCCCUGAGUGCCUCCCUGGGCCAGCUAAAUGAGGUGGGCCUGCCUUCAGGAGCUAUCCUCUCAGAGGAAGGGGGAGUGGACUUGCCCAAUAGGAAAACUUCUGCUCUGCCAAAUGGAAUUGUGUCAACAGGCAGCACAGUGACGCAACUUAUUUCUCGAGGGACUGACUCCAGUUACGAAAAUGCUCUGAAGCCAGGGAAGAUGGACCAUCUGAGUAGCAGUGCCCCUGGAUCCCCUCCUGACUUGCUGGAAUCUGUCCCCAAGAGCUCUAUUCCUGCCUUACCAGUGAACCCUCAUCCUGUGCCUGCUCGGGCACCAACAGAUCUGCCUUCAGUGUCUGUCACCAAGCAGUUGCAAAUGGUACCACGAGGGUCUCAGUUGUAUAAUGCUCAGCAAGCAGAUAUGUUUUAUCCAGAUCCUAGAGGAGCUGCUCCACAAUUUGAGCCAGCACCAUACCAACAAGGAGUUUACUAUCCCACCCAGUCCAUGUCUCGCUUUGUCCGACCUCCUCCAUCAGCUCCUGAACCUGGUCCACCUUAUUUAGACCAUUACCCACCCUACCUUCAGGAUCGUGUCGUGAGCCCACAGUACACGCAGCCGCAGCAGUAUCCUCCUAUGGGACAACCCAUAUACCCACCGCACUAUGACAGCCGUCGCGUAUAUCCCCCUGUCCAGACAUAUCAGCGAGAGGAGAUUGUCCGAGGAAGCCCUGUACCUAUUGAAAUUCCCCAAACAGCUGUACCUUCCUACGUACCUGAAUCCAGAGACAGAUACCAGCAAGCAGAGGGUUAUUGCCCAGUGGCUCCACACCUCAGUCAGAUCAGACCUUCGUGCCACAGGCCGCAUCCCAGCCUGGAUGAACUUCACCGACGAAGGAAAGAGAUCAUGGCCCAGCUAGAAGAGAGGAAGGUGAUUUCUCCACCUCCUUUUGCACCAUCACCAACCUUGCCUCAUCCUUUUCAUUCAGAGGAGAACCAGAUUUUUGUGUUUGUACAGUACUUGGAUGAAGACCUGAAAGUAGCUGGGAAAUACAAAGGAAAUGACUAUAGCCAGUACUCUCCCUGGUCCUGUGACACCAUCGGCUCCUACAUUGGAACCAAAGAUGCAAAACCCAAAGAUGUUGUGGCAGCAAGGAGUGUGGAGAUGGCGAACGUAGAUAGUAAAGCCAUGCGUGACCAGCGAUUAGACAUGCAACGAAGAGCAGCAGAGACUGGUGAUGAUGACCUCAUUCCAUUUGGAGACCGACCAACUGUGUCAAGAUUUGGGGCUAUCUCUCGUACUUCCAAAGCAAUGUACCAGAAUUCUGGUCCCAUGCAGGCCAUGGCGGUUCAGGGAGCUACCACCAAAUCAAUCAUUUCAGACUACAAUCCUUAUGGAACUCACAGUGGCUGGGGAGGCUCUCCGUAUUCUCCUCAUCAAAAUAUACCUUCUCAGGGACGUUUCAGUGACAGGGAGAGACUGUCCAUGACAGAUGUGGCUGGUCAUGGGAAACAGUUGCCCUCAGCAGAGCGAGAGCAGCAGCUUCGCAUGGAGCUGCAGCAAGUAGACCAUCAGAUUAGCCAGCAGACACAAAUGCGAGGACUAGAGGCUGUUAGUAACAGGCUGCUGUUGCAGAGGGAGGCGACUACCCUGGCAGGCCAACCACAGCCCCCACCCCCACCUCCCAAGUGGCCUGGGAUGAUCUCAAGUGAACAGCUGAGCUUGGAGCUACACCAGGUGGAAAGGGAAAUUGGGAAGAGAACCCGUGAGCUGAGCAUGGAGAGCCAGUCUUCACUGGACAUAAAAACCAAACUGGGCACCGCUAAACAAACAGAAAAUGGACAAUUAGAACCACAAAGCAAGGUUCCAGCUGAGGACCUCGCACUGACAUUCAGCAGUGAUGUUCCAAAUGGAUCAGCCUUGACACAAGAGAACAUUGGCCUCCUGUCAAACAAGACAGCAUCUCUCAGCCUGUCAGAGGACCCAGAGGGAGGAGGAGACAACCAUGACUCCCAGCGAGCGGGAGUUACACCCACAUCUGCUCCAUGAAGUGAGGCCAGCAUACCCCAGAGUUUCUUUUGCUGGGGUGUUGGUAGCUUCCACCACAUUUUUUUCUAGGGGUGAUUGGAGAAACCCAGGAGCAGCAGCAGUAGCAGAGCAGCAGGUCCAGAGGCAAUGUGCACAAACACAACUACUAGAAGCAAAUCCUGCACAUAGUUCACAUUAACGCAUUUUUUAAUUAAAAAAAUGAAAAUUAGCAGUAUCUGCAAGCGAUUCAAAUUAAAUUUGUUUUUGUUCUGUGAAUGAACUUUAUUUUAAUAACUUCGGACGCCUUGGAUCCCAGGGCUUAAAAAAAAAAAGAUAUUAUAUAUAUACUCUGUUUGAUUAAUUGUAUGAUCUUAAUGAAGUAGGUUUUUUCUUUUUAUUUUGGUAUUAUUACAUACCCAGUGCAUAAUUCCUUAUCUUAAUUUCUCAACGACUAAACCAACCUGGCCGCUUUCUUGUACUGUUUAAAGUUAAACAAGGAAUGAGGGUUGGAGAGUAGCUGUGAAUUGCAGUGUCAAAAGAUGUGCAGCAAACUUCAUUAUUAAAACAACUCCUCCCCUUGUAGUUAGGAACUGAGCCCUAGCUUGUUCGAGACUGCUUGCUUAAAUUAUUUAGUUUGAAGUACAAGUGACAGAAUCUUUGCAAUGCAACAGGUGCAGUCCUUCAUGUAUGUCCCAGCACAGCAUGUGUAAUUAAAGAGGGUAAAAUAAGUGUCCAACAUGUGGUUAGCUGGGUCUCGUGAUAGAGAGGCUUAACUAACCAGUGAAGGUUGUGCAGCUGUGACCAAGGUGGAAUCUCUAGAAAUAGGAAAUAGAGUGAACAUAAGGUUAUUGCUAGAAGGAUGUUAACUGCUGAUGAGCUGGUGAACCACAUUAGUUCAUCCAGUGUUUGCAGGGUUGUGGGGUUUUUUUACCCUUCUCACUGUGCUUUUAAAACAAGCUUAACCAAAGUCCAUACAAUUAAGUUGAUACAGAGGGCUUCACUGACCUCUCUGCCUUUUAAACAAGUCUUUCAUGUAUGCUUCCUUCUCAGCAACUCUUGCCUUUUUUUCUUCAUUGCUAUUUUAUUAUUUUUACUAAAAACAUAAUUUCCUUUAUAACCUAAUUUUUUUCUUCUUUUUUUUUGUUCAGUGAUACAUCAGUUAUUAUUUAAUUGUAAUGCUGUUGCAAGGGCCUUUUACUGAAGGAGACCAACCUGGUUUUGAUUUGUGUGCAUCAAUGAUGGCAGUCUUUAAAAAAUAGAGGGGAGGUUUUAUUUCUUUUUUUUUUUUUUAAAGUUGGCAUUGUUUAAGGUCUGUGUGUAUUGGAAUUUGACACCUGAGAAUCAAUCUGCAGCUUGUCUGCCACUGCUGCAGUGAAUCCUUCCUAGAUUCCCCUUUCUUAGGCGAAAAGUUGCAUCGAAAUAACCACUCAAGGUACAGCACGGAUCCUGUAAGAAGUAGUCAGAAGUGUUGAAAAGCAAGUUUUGCUUGAUGAUAUCUAGAGUGCUAGUUCUCCAAGUAGAUGUUU